AUGCAUCAUUUCUUUUUUUCUUUUUUUAAACCUUUCCUUCAUCUUUUUCUCUUGCCAUUUCACUUCCCACUCUUUUCUUUUAAUCUUUUACUUCUUUUUUCUUUUUACCUCUGCAUUCCAUUCAUUUUUUUAUCUUCUUUUUUUACUCAUUUUCUUCUUGUUUUUCUUCUUCCUUUCUUCUUUUUUCUUCAUUUUUUUCUUCUAAUUUCUUUUCUUUCUUUGUUCGUUUCCCCUCUAAUAACUUCUUCUUCUUCUUCUUCUUCUUCUUCUUCUUCUUCUUCAUUUUUCUUCUUCAUUCACUGGCGUCUCGUCCUCUUAUCAUUUAUGUUUAAUUCUUCUCAUCUUCAACUUUUCAAUCGCCAAGCAUCUUUCAUUCAUUUCCGAUUUUCUGUAUUUCUUUCCUUUCUUCUUUCUUCCUUGUACUAUUCUUUAUGUUUAUGUUUUUUAUCUCCAUUUUGCAAAUUCUUACUCUUCAACAUAUUCAUUCUUCUUGUUCUUGUUCUUCUUCUCCUUCUUCUUCUUAUUGUUAUUAUUAUUCAAUUAUUUUACUUUGCUUCGUCCUUCUUUUUUUCUUCUCCUCCUUCUCUACCCUUUUUCUUCUUCUCAUCCUACUCGUCUUAUUUCUUCAUCUUCUCUUUCUUCUCCUUCUUCCCUCCUCUUCUCCACUUCCUCCUCCUCCUCCUUCUUCUUCUUCUGCUUCUUCUUCUUCUUCUUUUUAUUAUUAUUAUUAUUAUUAUUAUUAUUAUUCAAUCUUCUUUUUCCCAUUUUCGUUUGCUCCCUUUUUCUUCUCCCGGUGUCUCCUCUUCCUCUUCCUCCUCCUCAUCCUCCUUCUUCUUCUUCUUCUUCUUCUUCUUCUUCUUAUUAUUAUUAUUAUUAUUAUCUUUCCCUUAUAUUCUCCUUUCCACUUUCUUUUCUUCUUCUUCUUCUUCUUCUUCUUCUUCUUCUUCUUCUUCUUCAAAUACUCCUCCCCUCUUUCUUCUUCAUUUUCUUCAAUUUUCCUCUAUAUAUUUUAUUUGUUCUUUCUUUCCUCUCAUUCCUUCUAUUUGUUCUUCAUCUCGAUAUCUAUUAUCUAUUUCAACGUCGAUAUCUAUUAUCUAUUUUUUGUACAGAUAA